AUGGCCUUCGGCGACAUUGCUCCAAUCCAGCCACCAGCAGUGUCUCAUGGCACUGGAAUGGUCACAGUCGUUGUUGGCAGAUACCACGAAGAGUUCAGUAUCCAUAGCGCCCUGUUGGCCUCAACCUCACCCGUCUUCCGCCGAUGUGUCUUUAGCCGAGUCGGAUACGAGUCGAACAACACGAAAGUGGAGAUCGACUCCGACUGGGAACCUGGCCACACUAUCACCUUGCACUCAGAGGAUCCCAGUAUCUUCAAAAUCUUCUAUGAUUGGCUUUACUCCGGCCGUAUCCCUGCCGACGACACUGUUCUCAAGUUAGGCCGUUUCCCUCGGUACACUGAUACCUUCUGGUUGGACGUCCUCCGCAUGGCUGACCGACUCGAAAUCACGCAACUCAUUCACAUUGCUCUGCGCAAAUUCGAGGAGCUUUUCGCAAUGAGACGCCUAACUCUCCCGAGCAUACAGUUCAUUGGAUGUCUGUUCGAUGAGGCCGGCAGCCCUUGGGAGUGCUUGCAGCAUCAAGUCAUUGCACAUUUUGCAUACUGCUUCGAGAUGUCUGUCGACUGCAGUGCUUUCAAAGAGCUUUCCGAGAUGCGCCAUGAAUUCUUCCUGAGCGAAGUAGCGCGUGCAUUGCUUGGAAACGUCAGCAUGGUGGAUUGCUACCCGAAUUAUGGCUUUCGUUCUGGUUGGUUUUGUAGGCAGGGUUGUCCUCACAUUCAGCUCCUUGAGCGCAAUGAGAACGAAACAUCGGACCCCUGUAAUGUGUCAGACGCUCCAUGGGGCCAUCGGCAUGUUGACGGUGAUAAGUCAAGCUGGGUUUGGGAUGCGGAUGCCGAUGCUGUCAGUGAUUGCGCUGUGCAGGGUGAUGGGGAUGAAGCCCAUGGUGUCAAUCACGCCAACCUCAGUAAGUCUAGACUGCAGACUCAAAACCAUGCAACUCGUGCCAAUCUUGGACUUCCAAAUGACUUCGUUGGGCCACCUGAGCCACUGGGGUUGGACGAUGCAAGUCGCCCUCCAAGUCGUGUCGGCUUUCCACCACCAUGUUCAGGGUUCAGCAACAUGCCAGGACCAGGCAGAAUGGCCUCUCCAAAGGACUACGAUUACUCAACCAGCUUCACGUCUUCUGGUCCAGGUGCACAAACUCCAGCGUCUGGCUGGACUCCACCAGAAGACCGGCAUACCGAGCAGCCACCAAACAAUCAGUUGUGCUAUCAAUCAACCGGCCAUAUUCAGACUCCAGACCUCAGCGGUAAAUUCGAUGGCUUGAGCAUCGACCAAGCUCCAGGUCAGGCUUUUCCAUCAGAUGCCGCGCCGCCAAGCAACGCAGCACACGUUGUAUGGGGUGUGUCACAAGCUGCAGCACAGAACGCUCAGAUUCAUGCUGCCCGGCACUUCCACAUUCCAGGCCAGGUUCCAGGUCAUAUCCCCACGCAGGCUCCAUUUGCCGGCGCUGUCCCAGCUGUAGCUCAGCCGCCUUUUGCUGUACCAUCUGCCUUCGCUGGACCACCUCAGCUUGCUGUUCAAAAUGCAAGACUCGGACAGGCAUACACUCAUUGGCCACGUAUCACAGCUGCCGCCACUGCACCCACAUGGUACAAUGGUCUCCAAACUGUCAAGUCCCCUGGAUCACCCGUGCCGUCUUCGGCGCCGUUCUACCAAGAGAACUGGUCUCAGAUCAAGUCUAGCAUACCGCCCCUCAUUGAUACUGUAUACGGUACCGAGCGAGCGGACAAGGAGAAACUCAAUACCUGGACCACAACAGCGUUGGGGCAUGAGCAGCUUGGGACGGAUAUCAAGCAGAAGGCAUUGAAGAAGGAAGAUAACGCAUGGGGCGCAUCAGCUGGAGCAAAGGAAGACAAGAAUUGUCCUUGCGGUGGCUGGGGCUCGUGUGAUGGAUGCGCGGACCGGCCCUACAACAAUCAGGAAGUCAAGCCAACUGCGUCUGGUUUGGGUGGUGCUGCGGGAAGCAACAACGGCUUCUCGGGAAAUGGCAAUGCCAAAGCAAACCAGGGCUGGGUUUCAAGCAGCAUCAGUAAUUACAGCGACGGCUAG